AUGGCCCUCCAGGGCUAUGACACCAGCUGUCUUCCUGGUGGCGGAGUGCUGGAGAUGAGUGAGCACCAGCUCGCAGAUCUCGCAGGGAACGCGUUUUCCGUGAACUGCGCUAUGGCAGCCAUUUUGGCACUGCUUACAAGCUUGCGGUUCAAUACCGAGAGUGAGGAUGAAGAGCUGGACCAGAUCACUUCUUCGUCGCUGGGCCGCUGA